AGAGAGAAAGAAAGAAAGAAAGAAAGAAAGAGAGAGAGAGAGCGAGAGAGCGAGAGAGCGAGAGAGAGAGGGAACAUGGAAACAUAGUGAGAAAGCCAGUCACCGACGUCACUUUUGGCCUCCUCCUCGGUGUGUUUGUGGUGUGUGGCUUGGUCCUGCUGACUCUUUGUGCCUUCGCCUCCUGGAAGCUGUGCUGGGUGCCUUAUUUGCGGAAUAAAGAGGCAGCGGCCCUCUCCUCCAACUCUGCAGCCAUCACUCCGGCCUGUGGUCCCCCAGACGACUGCCCUCCCUUCCACCUCCACCUUCACCCUCCUCACCCCCUCCACCACAACCAGCACAAGUUCCUCCCCAGCCCCAACCAGCAAAAGUCACCGGUUACCAUGGCAACGGAUAAGGUGAAAGACCCGAUGGGUUCCAUGGGAUUCCUAGAGGCUGCUGUGAAGAUAAGCCACACAUCGCCUGACAUCCCCGCCGAGGUGCAGCUCUCAAUGAGGGAGCACUUUUUGAGGCGCACGCAACGCAUGCAGCGGCAAGCCACUGAGCCCGCUUCUUCCACCAGACACAGCUCAUUCAAAAGGCACCUGCCCAGGCAGAUGCAGUCCAUCAGCCUGGACCUGGGCAAUGACUAUGCGGAUGAGGAUGAGCAGCCCACCAGCAUCGGACGCAUCAAACCAGAACUCUACAGACAGAAGACCUUGGAUACAGACGAGUCCGCCAAGAACAGCAACUCCAAGAACUGCGGGAAGAUCAACUUCUCCCUGAAGUACGACUAUGACAAUGAGGCCCUCCUGGUCAACAUCCUCAAGGCCUUCGACCUGCCCGCCAAGGACCUGUGCGGAAGUUCCGACCCCUACGUCAAAAUCUAUCUUCUCCCAGAUCGCAAGAAGUUCCAGACGCGCGUCCACCGGAAGACGCUCAACCCCACGUUCGACGAGUCCUUCCAGUUCCCCGUGCCUUAUGAUGAGCUGGCUGUUAGGAAGCUCCACAUGAGUGUGUUUGACUUUGACAGGUUCUCCAGACAUGAUAUGAUCGGGGAGGUGGUGGUGGAUAACCUUGUUGAGACGUCAGACCUCUCCAGGGAGACAGACAUUUGGAGGGACAUUCAGUACGCCACAACUGAGAGUGUAGACUUGGGAGAGAUCAUGUUCUCACUAUGCUACCUGCCAACCGCAGGACGACUCACUCUCACCGUCAUCAAGUGCAGGAACCUCAAGGCCAUGGAUAUCACUGGAUAUUCAGAUCCCUACGUCAAAGUGUCCCUCAUCUGUGACGGGAGGCGUUUGAAAAAGAAGAAGACGACCAUCAAGAAGAACACUCUGAACCCCACGUACAACGAGGCCAUCAUCUUCGACAUCCCCCCAGACAGCAUGGACCACGUCAGCCUGCACAUCUCAGUCAUGGACUAUGACUUGGUAGGUCACAAUGAGAUCAUUGGUGUGAACCGUGUGGGGUGCAGUGCUGAGGGGCUUGGCAAGGGCCACUGGAACGAGAUGCUGGCGUACCCACGCAAGCCCAUUGCACACUGGCACCCCCUACUGGAGGCCAAGAAAUCAGAGAAAGAGUGGAAAACGCGGACGGCCAGUUUAGACAGCCAGGGCUCUUGCCCCUCCCCCAGGCCUCCUUCUAGCCCCUGAGCAGAACCACCUGUGACCCUAGUGAAAUGGUCUCCUCUCUCUCCUACUAAUCCUACAUCCUGUCUGGUCUGUCUGCCUGCGCCUGAGGAGAAACAUAACCCCACUCAGUCUCUUUCUCAGUCUUCACUCUCCCUCAAGUGUAGCAGCAAAGUGAUCCCGUUCCCAAGAACUGAUCCUGGAUCAGCAUCGCUGUCAGUUGUUUGUGACGUAACAAUGCUUUUUUUGAAUCAACAUGAAGUGUUGAAUUUAGGUUUACUGAUCUGGAGUCAAUCCCAGUACUUGGGGUGCUUUGGAUUAGUUUUAUCCUGAGCUUCUCAUCAAGUGAGUCCCCAAAGGGAGAGCUUGUUGUCUGAGUGGAACAACAGACUGCCGGUUCCGAGUGUAUCUAUCUAUGGGUUGAGUCCAAAUGAAUGUGAUCACAGUUCUCUCACAGGGACUUGGUCCAACACACUGAAGUUUCUGCUCGAGAGAGAGAGAGAGAGAGAGAGAGAGAGAGAGAGAGAGAGAGAGAGAGUCAGUCAGUGGUCAUUACAAGCUGUCACUUUAUAUUGGAUCAGUUGGUCAAAAUAUGUUGCUUUCCUUAAGAUAGGAAAUUAAAGACUGGAUUGACCUAAGGAAUAUCUAAAGCCGUCUGCCCUUACUAUCUAUCUACUAAUAUUGUGUGGAAGUAACAAAAACACUAAGGCACAAACAAAUGUGUUGUUAUUUAAAAAAAAAAACAUUAAUUGUCAUAUUAACCAAGCCAAAGAAGGCAAAAAAAACAUAUUUCACAAUA